AUGCUGGAGAAUCAGCAGGAAGUCCUGGGAUUCAGUGACUACACGCUGGAAUGCAGCGGCCUGGAACAGAUCCUGGCAGACAUCUGCAACCAAGGGGAACAAAACGGUGAUACAGAGACGGAGGAGUGGAGCGAGAGUGAGAGUAAGAGUUCGUGUGUGUGGGAGAAUGUCCCGCUGGUGGACAGUGAAGGUCCCGCGCGGGGCUCCCUGCUGCAGCAGUUCACCGCUCUACUGCGAGCCAAACGGUUACACUACAUGAGGAACAGAUGGCUAUCAUUCCUGAUGGUGUGUGUACCGGCCUUGUUCGUGUGUGUCGCCAUGGGGUUCUCUAAGGUGCGGCCCCCUGCUGAUAACGAAUUACCUCUCAUGCUCACACCGUCAUUGUAUGACACCACAGAUUUCCUUAUACCGAGUCCAUCGUUAUACUCGGACCGCGUGGAUCCAUCUUUCGCCGAACACGUGAUGGAGGUCCUAAUGAGAGAGAAGAACGCGAGGAAUUGGACCGAAAUGGACAAUCCCACCUGCGAGUGUGGGGAGACCCGGCAGGUGUGUCACUUCCACAACACGUCGCUGCCGCAAACAAUGUUGCUGCCAAACGUAACCACACUCAACGAUUGGUUGAUCAAGACGCAGGAGUUAUAUAUAGAGAAAAGAUACGGCGGAUUCAGUACGUCUCUGGUGGGUGACGCGAGCGUCCUGGUGUCGUGGUACAACAACAAGGGUCAUCACGCGCUGCCCGCCUUCAUCAGUCAACUGAACUCCGCCAUCUUGAAGGCCACCACCGGAAACUAUCACGCCAAUAUCACCACAUACUCGCAUCCCAUGAAGAUAUCCAAGGAACCCCUCAGUAAAGACACCGUGUGAGUAUUCAAUACCACCAGAAUUUUCCCCAAUACUCAAUCGUUUAUUGCAAAACUAUUGUGUUUCAUAGUUAGUAUUAUUAGAAUGAGACUCUUGAAGAUACUGAUUUCUUAUAUUUUCACGCACAAUAAAACAAUUUUGAAAGGGUACAACGUGUUUAUAAGAUGUUUGGGACCCUUUACAGGUUCCUUGUUCACUUAAGGGUACACGGAAUCUGUAUAGGGUCCAGAAUGUCUUGAAAUAAACGUGCUGUACCCGUUCAAAAUAGUUUUAUUUAACUAUAGAACCUGUUCGACACAGCAACAGUUUAUAAAAAUUAUGAACUUCAUGUCAAAAAUAAUAUCAGUCUGGCAAUAA